CAGCGAGUGAAAAGGAAAAGUUUUAUCGUGUUGAAACAAAUCCCAUUAUUUAGGGUUUAUUAGUACUACUACUUUUGUAAAAUGUGUAAUGGCGAAAGAACAUAAAUACCGAAGCCAUUUGAAAGAGAAAAGUUGGAGAUGGCGAAAUCCGGUAGUGCUGCAAUAGGCAGUGAAGCUAAGGAGAGGAUAACAGCCAGAUUGUCUAUCAUCGAAGAUUUGUACUUUCCCCGCAAGGUACAACCUGCUGAUGCAGCUAACCCAUCACUCCGCAAGUCCCUCCUCCUUGACCUUCUCUCCACCGACGCCCCCGUCUUCCUCGAGCGUUAUGGGUCGAAAUUAUCGCUGGAGGAGCUUAAUCACUUUGACGUGUUGAGGGAUGAUUAUGAAAUCAAUUGGCACCUUAACAACCUCCGGAGAAUUAUGAGCCCAACAGAGAAGGAUAAGAAGUCUAGGUCAGCAAAGAUCAAGAAUCGUAGGCUAGCAUAUAUGGAUAAGUUAAUGGUAGAUGGGCAUUAUUUUUCAGAAGAUGCAAUGAGGGAAAGGGAACCUUAUCUGCAUCAUGAGUACGUAGGGAAGUUUCAGGAUCCAAGUGGUAGGAACAUGGCGAGGCCUGGUGAGCGGUGGUCAGAGACACUUAUGAGACGAUCAGAAGAGGCGAUAUUGGUGGAGAAGAUCAGAGGAGAGCAACAGAGGUUGGGUGUGGCUCAAAGCGAUUGGGUUGGAAAUGAAGAAGAAGAAGAAGAAGAAGAAGAAGAAGAGGAAGAGGAAGAGGAAGAGGAAGAAGAGAAGAAGAAGAAGAAAAUGGAAGUGGAGCAAAAUCACAACGCUGAGAUGAGAGCUGCAAACCACUUGGUUGCAGACAGUUCAUCUGUGGAGGAAAUGCAAGAUCGGAUGGAGCAGUUCAUGUAUGUAAUGCAGCAGAAGUUCAUGUCCGGGGAAGACCAUCAGCAUGUCGACUACUCGAAAAUCGAUGAGGAUGAAACAUUGGAUGAUCAUUGGAUGAAAGAAGCUAAUCAAGACGCUGAAGAAAAGUAUUUUGAUGAUGUUUGAGAGCUUGAAGAUCUGAAUUUUAUAUAUCUAGACUGGGAAUCUUCACUUUCAGUUAUCAUAUGUAUAGUUUUCCUUUUUUCCUUCAUUUUAUUGUAAAAUGAUAUGCAGUUAUCUCAGUUGCUUUAUGAUAAUUUCGUUCA